GGAAGUUCGAGGAAGAUAAAACAGAAGGCGGCCGGCAUGAUGAGAAAACGAGCUGUCGGGAAUUCGGCUUCGUAUGCUAAGGAUCAGGUAAGUAAGUGCACGAUGAUGGAAGCUGCGUUUGUGAUCACUAGGGUUCUUCCGUACCCUGUCAGUCAACAACACUCGAUCUUCCGAACUUCAUCCAUUCGACCCAGUCUUCAUCAUACAACUCGAGCAUUCCCUGCUCGUCUCAGCCGUAUGCAAGCUUGUUUAGCGCAUGGGUAUGGCUUAGACAUUUCAUAUAUUCCUUUUGCUAGAAAUAUGUCAUCCUUACAUGUUAGCUCCCUUCCGUCUCGCUUUGUUAUCGAUUUCGCACUUCACUGUACUGGAUAUCAUUUGCCGUGUCAUAAAGCAGAACAACUUUCUCUCAGCCAAUUCACAUUAAUGUUACGUGCAAUCGUUACAUGUGGAACCCGAAUUGAAACCCUUGAAUCUAUCUUUGCCGAGGCCAUCGUGCUCAUGAAAAUCAAUCGACCACGUACUAGCUUCAAAAUCUCAACUGCUAGCUACUCUGACCCACUCCCGCACUGAAUUGGCUCCUGAUUCAGAGUCCUUGAUCCCAAUCUAUGAGCAAUUGAUUUGAGGUUUUCGACUGUGUGCUACGAGUCAUAAAGCUUAUCCCGACCCCGAGCAGUUAUAAUCAGCAUAUGAUAAGUGACCGUUUCGCUAGUGCCAGAUGGGUAUUGUUUCAAUGCUCUGCGCAGGGUCAUACUUGACCAUUGCACUCUUGCGGUUAGUGGGUGACGUCUAGUUCGAGUCGCAUAGACUGUGCCGCAAGUCAACUAUCUAGCAUUUCAAUUCCACGCUAAUUUCCAUGACUGCCUGGCUCUAUUGAGUGCUCGGAACUCUCUCACUUGUUGAAUCACUGAAUUGCA